AUGGGAAUCUCUCCGUCAAAGCGAGUCAAGUCCUCCCUCUCCAACUCGCCCGAGUUCGACUCAGCCUGCACCUCAGCUUUCAGCCACUGCCUCUCUCUCACCGAGCACGGCUUCGACGGCGUCUUCCCCUUCCAGCUCGCCACCGCCUCCGACCACCUCUACCAGACGCUCCGCCACGACUCCUCCCACUCUCUCGUCCUCAAGUGGGUCCCGUCUCCCCCGUCUCGCUCCCAGGUCGACUCCGCUCUCAAGGCCGUCACGCGCUCCGACUCCAACGCCACACUCGGCCCGGCCCAGUUCAAGCAGUGGGCCGUCGAGCUCUUCGCCGGCGCCGUCGUCGCUAACGCCACCAAGGACCUGAUGGUUCGGGUCCCGGUCGGCGUGGCCGGGAUUGCGGGAUUGGGUGCUGCCAGUCGGUCCGGUAAGGACAUGGUUGUGAUCGCGAUUGGGGGUUACGCGCUCGGCGUUGCCACCUCCAUUUGGCUCGGUUUACAGUAGGAAAGGUUGGUCUAGGGGUUUAGGGUUUUAGAGUUUAUGAAUGGGAAGGAAAUUUCCCUUCUUAUGUUUAUAUAUUGUAUUAUCCAAUUUCGAAUGUUAGGCUUUUGAAUGUUUGAUUUACUAGAGGCUGUCAUGCAUAGGGGACGAUCUGAGUAGUGUUUUAAGCUAUUCUGUUUUCUAGUGACAUGGCUGAUAACUAGUUUGAAGACAUGGAUUUUCAUGUUUGUUGCUU